GCUUUUACUUCAAAUUACGGUACAUCAAAAGGCAAUCCCUCACUUCUCCAAAACUUUCAUCUUUUUUAUCCUAAACCCUAAUAAACUCCAUUUUUUAUUCACUGCACAAAAUUCAGCUCAUAUUCAGAGGAAGAACCACGAUGGAGAACAACAGCGAAACCCCUCCCUCCGAACCCUUGCAACAUCUCUCCAUUUCUCCUGAAUCCUCCUCACAGAUGAGCUUGAACGAAAGGUUUGAGAUAAUAAGGAGCAUUGGCGAAGAAUGUAUACAAGAGGAUGAGUUGAAGAGACUCUUGGCUAACAAGCCACAGCCCAUCUGCUAUGAUGGGUUCGAACCAUCUGGCCGGAUGCACAUUGCUCAGGGAGUUAUGAAAGCAAUUAAUGUCAACAAACUGACUUCUGCUGGCUGCAAAGUUAAAAUUUGGAUCGCAGAUUGGUUUGCACAGCUAAAUAACAAAAUGGGGGGUGACUUGAAGAAAAUCCAAGUUAUAGGAGAGUAUCUGAUUGAGAUAUGGAAAGCUGUAGGGAUGAAUCUGGAAGGGGGUCUGGUAGAAUUUAUUUGGUCUUCUGAAGAGAUUAACGCCAGGGCUCACGAGUAUUGGCCUCUUGUAAUGGACAUUGCUAGGAGGAACAAACUUCCUAGGAUAGUGAGGUGUUGUCAAAUUAUGGGUCGCUCUGAUCAAGAUGAAUUGUCGGCAGCCCAGAUUUUUUACCCGUGCAUGCAAUGUGCUGAUGUGUUUUUUCUUAAGGCCGACAUCUGUCAGUUGGGCAUGGACCAGCGCAAAGUAAAUGUACUUGCAAGAGAGUACUGUGAUGACAUAAAGAGAAAAAACAAGCCCAUAAUAUUGUCCCAUCAUAUGCUCCCUGGUUUGCAGGAAGGUCAAGAAAAGAUGUCAAAGAGUGAUCCGUCAUCUUCCAUAUACAUGGAGGAUGAAGAGGCUGAAGUGAAUGUGAAAAUAAAGAAAGCAUUCUGCCCUCCAAAGGUGGUAGAAAAGAAUCCAUGCCUUGAGUACGUCAAGUAUAUUAUUUUCCCAUGGUUCAACGAGUUCAAAGUUGAGCGAAAUUUGGAUAAUGGCGGUGACAAGACCUUCAAGAAUUUUGAGGAACUAGCAUUUGAUUAUGAAAGUGGGGAAUUGCAUCCCGGGGACCUCAAACCCGCUCUAGCAAAGACUCUUAACCUGAUACUACAGCCUGUAAGAGAUCAUUUCAAGAAUGACCCAAAGGCUAAAGAGCUAGUGAAACGAGUGAAGAGCUACAAGGUAACCAGAUGAUAUGGAGUGGAAUAAAACAAGAGGAUAUAUGACGAGUUUUCUUUCGAAGAUGCCAGUGCAUUGUGUCAUAUUGAGGUUCAAAAGAUUAUAAAAAACGUUUUAUACCCUUUGAUAUUCUUCGUGUUAUUUCCAGCUAUUUUAUUUCUUGGAUUCUGUUAGUUGAUAAGUGACAACGGAAUGUUUUCUGUAUUAUGAAUUUUAAUCUUAGGGUGUGUUUGAUAGGAGUUGAAUUUCAUGAAAAAUGGAAUUGGAAUUCCAACUUUUCAAG